CAAUUACUCGCCAUCAUCGUCAUAGCUAGUCGUCUUUUUUUCUUCCUUUUUUAGUUUUUCUUUAUUAUAGUCCGCCUAUAGUUGUCUUAGGAUUAAAGCUCAAUUUCUUCUUAUUCUUCGUUGUCUGCUCUUGCCCGCUAUCUCUGGCUGAUCUGAUCCAACUAUCUACUCUCGCUGCGAUUCGCUGCAAUCCAAUCACAUCAACACCAGGCUCGACAGCUAUCAAUUGGCUACAAACAUUGGAACGCAUAUCGACUAACCGCUCCGGAUUACUGAAACUUAAUUCCACAAAUCAUAUCACAUCAACCACCUGCUUAUCCCCAAUUGCCCGAUAUGUCUAGCCAACCUCUUCUGCAAACGGCUCCAGGCAAACGAAUUGCCCUACCUACCCGAGUCGAGCCCAAGGUCUUCUUCGCCAACGAGCGUACAUUCCUAUCAUGGCUAAACUUCACCGUAAUAUUGGGUGCCUUGGCCAUCGGUAUGCUGAACUUCGGUGACCGCCCCGCAUUCAUCUCGGCUUUCCUGUUUACAGGCGUAGCUAUGCUUACCAUGAUAUACGCGCUGUUUACGUAUCAUUGGCGAGCCAAGUCGAUUAGGGUGAGAGGGCAAGCUGGGUUUGACGACCGCUUUGGGCCGUCCGUCCUAGCUAUCAUCCUUCUGUUGGCUGUUGUGGUCAACUUCGUGUUGCGAAUAACUUAUUCGAGCGGAGAGGGUGGCAAGAAACACUAAGAGGAUAUGAAGGAUUGGUGUUUACCGAAGUGCUGGGUUCGGGAUGAGAUCAUGCUUUCGAAAUCCAAUGAGAAGACGAAUCCUGAGCGACGACUUGACGUGCUUAAAAUAGCAUCACCUGCAAAACAUAGACGAUAGUCUCCGAAAUAAAAGAAAUUGUAUAUGAUGGGUGGAGGAGACGGAGAAUUUGUAUAUCAGAAAGCAUCAUGUUCUAGCAUCGCAUUUGUUCCAUACGAAGGGUAGUUUCGGUGGGGUUUAUGUUGGACAUCACGGAGUCGAUUUUUACUUAUAUGAGCAUUGUUACAUCGGGUUUUGGGGGGAGUAGUUCGAUAUUUUUAUAGCGCGAUAUCUCUCGAAGAAAACAAGAUCGAUCCAGCUUC